UUCUCUCUCUGUCUCUCUCUCACACACACACACAUACACACGCACACACCGUUUUUUAAUCAAAUUAUUUGUCUAUCGUCUCUUGUCUGUGUUUGUGUAUAAUUGCAGUGGCACGUGAAAUAGCCAAAUUGAUGAAUAGCCUCUUAGAUAGAUUGUCAGAUAAUAGAUCAUGUCUCUAGUUGACAUAGGCUCAAUCUUCAAUUUUGGAAAUGAUUUGGAUCCAUUCACACCGCCAGGAAAUGCGGGGAGGAAACUGCUGACCAGUGGUGACCAACUGCGAUGAGCCCUGGAUUGGAUGACAGCAGCCUACGAUGAUGUGUGGAUGAGAGAGAGAGAGAGACCUCAGACAAUAAAAUGCGAUGGCCAGAUGAAGAGGAAAUUAGCCAGUGUGAUACAGCGAUUUCACGCGGCGUUUUUUUAAUCCAAUCAAUAUGAUGAUGAAAAGGAUAAGGAGAAAAAUAGCGUCUUUGUUACGCCACCAACAUAAGGAUAGCCUGAUGGUUGCAAAUGGUUACGUUCGCACAGCCUGGGCUAUAUAGUCUAGAGAAGAUCAUAUCAUUAAUCAACAUUAUUGCGAGCCAUGAAAUGACAUAACGUCUAGGCCUGUAUGCUGUAAUACAUAAUAACGUCAAUGAUGAUCAUUUUUCACUAAAUGGAGUGGAUUUGAACGCUGCAGCACUAGGGAAUAUCACAGAGGAAAUUACAUUCAACUCCAAAUAACGGAUGGAGGAGCGCAUGCAUUAAUUAAUUAACGGAGCCGAGAAGCUCAGCGGCGAUAUUAAAGAGAUGAAACACCUUUCGUUCUCUCUUGACGUACUCAACCGGCCAACGAGGGAGAGGUGAGAGACAACAAGGAGCAGCCGAUGAUCGGAGAGAACAGCGGCCACAGCGCAGCGGCAGGCAUCCGGGACAGUGAUAACUCAGAGAGAGCGCUGUUUACUGUCAUCUGAGAUCUGGCUCCGGACCAGCGGUGAGGCAUGGGCUGCGCUCCCAGCAUUCACGUCUCCCAGAGCGGCGUGAUCUACUGCCGAGACUCGGACGAGUCCAACUCUCCGCACCAGACCACCACUAUAUCCCAGGGCACCGCGGCCACCCUCCAUGGGCUGUUCAUUAAGACGGACGCGGCCGACACCAUCCCCUCGGUAAUCACUUACCAGACCAGGCAGUCCCGGAACAAAUCUCACGGAGAGAGGAGAGGGAACAGCGGGGGACACAUCUGCAUCGAGGCCGAGACACAGACCAGUCACACCAGUGUCAAGGUAUCAGCCACAGAAGAGUGUAUAGGACCUAUGAGACUGACCCAAGAACCUAUUCAGGUCCUGCUGGUGUUUGCGAAGGAGGAUGGUCAGAGCGAUGCCUUCUGGUGGGCGUGUGACCGGGCGGGUUUCAGGUGUAACAUUGCCCGAACGCCCGAGUCCGCCGUCGAAUGUUUCCUGGACAAGAGCCACGAGAUCGUGGUCAUUGAUGGACGCCACUCACAAUACUUCGAGGCAGAGGCUAUCUGCCGGUUGAUCCGUGCCACAAAGCCUUCAGAACACACAGUCAUUCUGGCCAUUGUGCCACAGACGCCUUUAGAUCAGGAGGAGCCGUCUGUUCGUCCUCUCAUCUGCGCUGGAUUCAGCAGAAGGUAUGUAGAGAACAUUAGUGUCUCUGCCUGCUAUAACGAAUUGCUCCAGAUAGAACAUGGAGAGGUGCGCUGCCAGUUCAAACUCAGGGCGUGUAACUCAGUCUUCACUGCUCUGGACCACUGUCAGGAGGCUGUGGAGAUCACCAGCGAAGACCAUGUGAUACAGUAUGUGAACCCAGCAUUUGAGCACAUGAUGGGAUACCAUAAAGGAGAGUUAAUAGGGAAAGAGCUGACAGAACUCCCCAAGAGUGACAAGAACCGAGCAGAUCUUCUAGACACCAUCAACACCUGCAUCAAGAAAGGAAAGGAGUGGCAGGGGAUCUACUACGCCAGGAGGAAGUCAGGUGACAGCAUACAGCAGCACGUCAAGAUUACGCCUGUGAUUGGCCAGGGAGGUAAAAUCCGCCAUUUUGUCUCCAUCAAGAGGCCCCACAGUGACAACAACAAACAGAUCCAUAAGAUCAACAGAGAUGGAGACCAUUCCCAGUCAGAAAGCCAUUCCCUGCGUCACAGAGACAGGAGGAAAGAGUCUGUUGAUGCCAGGUCAAUCAGCUCACGUGGCAGUGAUGCUCCCAGUCUGCAGAACCGGAGGUACUCCUCUGUAGCCAGGAUCCACUCUAUGACCAUAGAGGCCCCCAUCACCAAGGUGAUCAACAUCAUCAACGCGGCCCAGGAGUCCAGUCCGGUUUCGGUAGCAGAGGCGCUGGACCGGGUUCUGGAGAUCCUGAGGACCACAGAGCUCUACUCUCCUCAGCUGGCUUCCAAAGAAGACGACCCACACACCAACGACCUCGUCGGGGGGCUCAUGAGUGAUGGCUUACGGAGACUGUCUGGGAACGAGUAUGUCUUCUCCAAAAGUACCUUUCCAAAUAUGAGUCAGCUGGUCAUCCCAGUAACGCUGAAUGACAUCCCUCCGGCCAUCGCUGAGAUGCUGGACGACGAGGACCAAUGGGACUUUAACAUCCUAGAGCUGGAGGCUGCCACCUGUAAGAGGCCUCUGACCUACCUGGGCUUGAAGAUCUUUGCACGCUUCAGUGUGUGUGAGUUCCUGAGCUGCAGUGAGGCUACGCUACGCUGCUGGCUGCAGGUCAUAGAGGCUAACUACCACGCCUCCAACUCCUACCACAACUCCACCCACGCCGCUGACGUUCUACACGCUACUGCCUACUUCCUACGCAAGGAGAAGGUCAAGGGCAGUCUGGACCAGCUGGAUGAGGUGGCUGCACUGAUCGCGGCGACGGUCCAUGAUGUGGACCACCCAGGGAGGACCAACAGCUUCCUGUGUAAUGCAGGAAGUGAGCUGGCCAUCCUGUAUAACGACACUGCAGUGUUGGAGAGUCACCAUGCCGCCCUCGCAUUCCAACUCACCGUCAGGGAUAUCAAGAGCAACAUCUUCAAAAACAUCGACAGGACUCAGUUCAGGACGUUGAGGCAGGCAAUCAUAGACAUGGUGCUGGCUACAGAGAUGACCCGUCAUUUUGAACACGUCAACAAGUUUGCCAACAGCAUCAACAAACCAAUGGCUGCCAUCGAGGAGUCCAGUUCAAAUAGUGAAGGCAGUGACAGCGAGGGUCCAGCCAGCAUCAGGAACAGCCCAGAGAACCGGCUGCUGAUCAAGAGGAUGAUGAUAAAGUGUGCUGAUGUGGCCAACCCCUGUAGACCUCUGGAGCUCUGCAUAGAAUGGGCCGGACGCAUCUCUGAGGAGUACUUUUCCCAAACUGAUGAGGAGAAGAGAGAGGCUCUACCGGUGGUCAUGCCUGUAUUUGACAGGAACACCUGCAGUAUCCCCAAGUCUCAGAUCUCCUUCAUAGAUUACUUCAUCACAGACAUGUUUGACGCCUGGGAUGCCUUCGCCAGUCUACCUGGCCUCAUGGAGCAUCUGUCAGAGAACUACAAGUACUGGAAGGGUCUGGACGACAUGAAGUGCAAGAGCCUGCGUCCGCCUUCUCCUCCGUGACACUUCCAUCCCUCCCUCUCUCCCUUCAUCCCUCCAUCCAUCCCUCCCUCUCUCAGGGCAGGGGGAGACAGCGAAUGUAGCCCAGCACUGGAAUUAAGCCCCUCCCACUGUGAUUCUACCCAGCUCCACACACAUUGGACUGUACUGCAGUCUGCAGACCUUAGAGCCUGCAAACCUCAGUCAGUAGCUUGGAGCCCUGAGAAGAAACUAGGGGACUGUCAUACUGGCUGACAUAAUGACACCCUAUCCCCUAUGUAGUGGACUACUUCUGACCAGAGCCCCAACCCAAACACAUUUCCCAUCUUUGGUUGUCUGAUGUUGCCUCAAACUACAAAAACAGAUUUCAUACAGAGAAUCAUUAUGAUGCCCAUUGCCAAAUUUAGCAUGGGGGGCUCUGGUCAAACAUAGUGCACUACAUGGGGAAUAGGGUAACAUUUUAGAUUUGCCUUCUGAGGCUGAAGCCAGCCUCUUCAGACCCCUCUACAUCCUUAUUUAGCCCCUAAUUGGACUCUACAGUCCUCCUUACCAUCUGUCCCGGCCUUAGGGUAAGGACCAACCAAUCAGUCCCAGCCUGCGGGGUGAGGACCAACCAAUCGGUCCCAGCCUGAGGGGUGAGGACCAACCAAUCGGUCCCAGCCUGAGGGAUGAGGACCAACCAAUCGGUCCCAGCCUGAGGGAUGAGGACCAACCAAUCGGUCCCAGCCUGAGGGGUGAGGACCAACCAAUCAGUCCCAGCCUGAGAGGUGAGGACCAACCAAUCAGUCCCAGCCUGAGGGGUGACACCAACCAAUCAGUCCCAGCCUGAGAGGUGAGGACCAACCAAUCAGUCUAAGCCUGAGGGGUGGCACCAACCAAUCAGUCCCAGCCUGAGGGGUGACACCAACCAAUCAGUCCCAGCCUGAGGGGUGAGGACCAACAUUAUACAAACCAACUGCACUUUAGCAGCUCAAAGUCACUCUCAAAAUCUUUUAUUUUUCCUGUCUGUUUUUCUGCUCUCUUCUCUCAGACAAUAGUCUGCUGUUUCUUCUCAUACUGUACCUUUCUGUCUCUCUACUGUAGUAUGUAGUACUGCUGAGAUGGGUACCAAGCUUCAUUAUACUGUAACUUCUACAGCUAAAAGAGGAGAGAUCACGGAAUGAUUACAGAACUAAAGCAUGUAGAGAGAAAUCAGUCCACUCCAGCACAUGCACACUGUACUCACUCUUCCAACCAAACAGACAACUGUAAAUUGUAACUCCACUUAACUUGUUCUCUCGCCAGCUGAAAGUAUUAAGUAAUAUUGAGCUCUGAUAAACCCUGUCAGGCAGAAUCAUACAGUGUGUGUGUGUGUGUGUGUGUGUGUGUGUGUGUGUGUGUGUGUGUGUGUGUGUGUGUGUGUGUGUGUGUGUGUGUGUGUGUGUGUGUGUGUGUGUGUGUGUGUGUGUGUGUGUGUGCGCGUGCGUGUUUGUGUGUGUUUGGCAGCAGCCCCAGUGCAGUAAGAGGUCUGUGUUCGCUCCAUACCUAGGAGGUUUCUAGAGCCCAGCUGAACUGACUGCUGUAAUAUCUCUCUCUAUGGGGGAGAACCAGAGCUCUGUGCAGAGAGCCAUGCCUGACAUGCAGCUAGCUCACCAUCAGGCUCCCCUCUGGGGCUAGAACCAGCUCUCACUCAGCCCCCUCUGGAACUCUGCUCCACAUGGCUCUUAAAAGACAACUAUCCUGUCAACACUGGGGCUUAAUGGAAACAGUAUUAGAACAGAAUUACAACACUAUUAGCGACAAGUGGGAGAAAAUAGCACUAUAUUAAGUACUGUUGAUCUUCACUUAUAAACCAAAUAAGUUGUGAAUUAUCUGACCUACAGGAGGCUAAGUGUAAUAUUUAUGACAGCUUGCAUUGAAGCUAAUCAUAAUUCAUUACUUCAAAAAGGUCAUAAAGUUCCAGUGUAUCCAUUUAAAUAUCAAAGGCAUGUUUUAUUUAUUUAUUUUAUUUAACCUUUAUUUAACUAGGCACAUUGAUGUGUACACAUACUGUUGAUAAUUGUAAUCUCCAAAUAUGAAGGAAACGAAUUAUAGUAUCGCAACAUGAGAGCAGUGGCUAAGCAAGUUAAUAUUCCAAGCACAACCAACCCAUUGAUUUCUAACAUUCAAGUUAUUCUCUGGUGUGCAGUGCAGUUGUACGUAGGAGUACAUUUUAUUUUCCAACUGCUUUUUGUCCCUCCUGUGUCCCCAUAGCGUGUUGCUGGUCCGUUAUGAUGUAGCAUGGCAGUGUGGUCUGAGCAGAGAGCCACCUCACAGCAGCCUGAUGAAACCACCAUGGGAGAGACACAGCAUGAAAGACUUGGAUGGCCCUGGCUCAAACUAUUCCCUAUGUAGUGCACUACUUUUGGGGCAGAGAUGUAUGUGGUGAGAGACACUGGCACACUUAGCUUUUGGAGCUUACACAGUUGCGUGUUAAAAGCACCUAUUGCCUAUAAAGUGCAGUACAGAAUGGUAGUGCAUUCUAUGGGGAAUAUGGGGUAAUUCUAGAUUGACCCUGUCUUUGGAUCCUCUCUAGGAAAAGAGACCAUCAGGCCAGCUCCCAGUACCCUGUACUGCUGCUUGGUUCUGUUUGGUUUUCAACUCCGACUCUGCUAUUAAAACAAGAUUGAACAUGACAUUAUCAUCCCCUUCCCGUCAUCUAAAACACAUUACUGUGUAGCUGUCUCCCUCCAUUGGUUGGCAGUGGGAAAUGCAGUUCCAAUAAUGUCUUUUAUUUUUUAUUGUAUUUAUUUUUUCCUAAUAAUUUCCUUGUGCAGCUACACAGUAGACAUACAAGACAGGCAGUCAAAGGCAUAGCCUGCUGGAAGUAGGGGUGCUGAGGGUGCUGGUGUCUCCCCUGAAAAAUCUGAUAUUUUGAUUUUUUUAAAUUACAGAGGUAGUGCACUGGGCAUUUACUAGUCCUCUAUUAUCAGACCGAUAUAUAGCCGUCUGUAGCGCGUGCCCCCAAAAAAUAUUCUAUGACACCCCCCCCAAACAUCUUCCUGCAGCUAUGGUCAGAUGUGUUAUGAAUGGGUGGUAAGUUCUGAGUUCAAAGUGCUUGUGCAUGUGUGUAAAUUCAACCAAGAGAAACUAAACUGGGGUACGUAGUUAACCGAAGGAACAGUGAUCUUCUUCAAGGUGCCUUACUUUGCUCCUCUCCUCUGAAACAGUGUUCCUUCAGCUUCAAAUGGUUUGUUUGGCUUCAAAUGGUCUGUUUAGCUUUAAAAGGUUUGUUUGGCUUCGAAUGGUUUGUUUGGAUUCAUGUGGUUAAUUUAGCUUCAAAUGGUUUGUUUGGUUUCAUGUAACGGUUUGUUUGGGUUAGUGAGCAGCUGAACAAAGCCACUAGACUAAGCCAGAGUAGGCCUAUUUUACUUUAGAAUUUUAAGCUGGCUCAUGUCUCACAUUCCUCAACUCCUCGUUCUCUGGUUCGUCAGAGUAUCACAGUAUAUUAAUGUCCUAAAUGGCACCCUAUUCCCCAUAUAGUGACAAAUUAAGUGUGCUUUGUGGGGAACAUGGGGUCAUUUGAGACUGACCCUGGACAGGUGAAUACUACAGGUAUUAUGGAGAGAACCAUCUCUUUGACAAUGACUGCUAGUUUCAGAACAUGGUAAGACAAAUGCCUUACAACCUCUUCCCAUUGCUCACUCUGUCAAGGCUUUGAUAGUUUCCCUGAUAUACGACACUGGAUACUACCUAGCUACUGCUGACUUCAACAACCCACUAUGUAGUGUCCCAUGAACUGUUCUCCAUUGAGCUUCAUCUAUUUUUAAUAGAACAAUGUUUUUAUUGACUUUUGUUUCAGUUGUCCAGUGAGAUGUGGUCAAAUCUGAUGUCACCCUCAUGCUUCACCUCCUUUCCUCUCUUUUCCCCCCAAAACAAACCGUUUCUGCUGAGGUGAGAGCAUGGCUGACAUCUCCUGUGAUGUCAUGUUAACCAGGCUCUGUCAUUGGUCAGAGACUGGCAUCAAUGGAUACAGAGAACGUGCCAUUCCCUUUCCUUCAGAACAACCAAUAGAAACUCCACAAGCGUUAAUGUAUACAAGCUCUAUUUUUUUAAGUAAUUAUUCAUUGUUUUGUCAUUAUUGGCCGUGAAAAGGCAACUGUAAAGUAUAAUGGUAAUGUUUUAUGUAUUUUGGAAGGAUUUUAUGGUUUGAGGCUUUAGUUGUUUAUAAAGCUGUUCUGGUUGGAUCCUCCAGAGUUGAGUGGAUAUGAUUUCAGUCUUUUCUGGUCUCUGUCAGAGGACGUCUGAUUUUGGUUAUCUUUGUCAAUACUUUUUAAAUGUAUUAGUGAGAAACAAUAAACAUUUUUAAAAUAUA